AUGCGAACUUCAGUCACCAAUACCUUUUAUCUAGCAGUCUUUGCACUGCUAGGCUCAUCACACGCUGCCUCUUCAAAUCCAGCAAUUUGUCCUGUAAGCAGCCUCAUCAGACAUUCUGUUCCUCGAAGAAAGCCAGCUGACUCGAGUAUACAGGUCGAGCCUGGUGCCACAGUAUCCGAUGCUUGCGCGUCAUAUGCCGACCUUGACAAGCUGAACAUCCGCCUGAACCCCGCCUUGCAUGACCUCGUGUCCCAGACCGAUUUCUUCUCCUACUACCGCCUGAACCUGUAUAACAAGAAGUGUCCUUUCUGGUCAGACGACGAAGGUCUCUGCGGUAACAUUGCCUGCGCUGUUACGACACUCGAGAAUGAGGAAGACAUCCCCGAGAUCUGGAGAGCUGAAGAGCUCAGUAGACUGGAGGGUCCCAAAGCACACCACCCUGGCAAGAGAGAACAAAGAGAACUAGAAAGGCCACUACAAGGAGAGCUGGGCGAGAACGUCGGCGAAAGUUGUGUUGUCGAGUACGAUGAUGAGUGCGACGAAAGAGACUACUGUGUGCCCGAAGACGAGAGCGCAAGUGCUAAGGGCGACUAUGUCAGCUUGCUCGACAAUCCGGAACGUUUCACUGGAUAUUCUGGCGAAGGUGCCCACCAAAUCUGGGAGGCUAUCUAUCGCGAGAACUGUUUCUCCAGGCCGAGCUCAAGUGCACAAAGCCUGGGUGCUGGUGGGUUGGUUCCGCCUUUCGCUGGCUUCUCGGGAAUGCAAGGCCAAGCUGCACAGGACCUCAAGUCUGUUAUGAAAGAGCAUGGUCGCCAACAAGCUUCGCAAGAAGGCAAAUUUGAGGACAACAUGGAAUUCGACGACGAGUGUCUUGAAAAGCGCGUGUUCUACAGAGUCAUCUCUGGAAUGCACGCCUCCAUCUCGACCCACUUGUGUCACGACUACCUCAAUCAAUCUACUGGCAAAUGGGGUCCCAAUCUGCAGUGCUACAAGCAGCGCCUUCACAACCAUCCAGAGCGCAUCGCUAACCUGUACUUCAACUACGCUCUCAUGGCUAGAGCUGCGGGCAAGCUCAAGGAUUACGUUCAGGACUACACCUUCUGUACCGGUGACCCCAAGCAGGACAAGCGUACCAAGGACAUGGCCCUGAAGGUCGCCAACACCAUCCCUGCUGGACCUGAGAUCUUCGACGAGAGUGUCAUGUUCCGCGAGAACCCACUUGGCGAUACCGGCAUUAGCCUCAAAGAAGACUUCCGCAACCGCUUCCGCAAUGUUAGUCGCAUCAUGGACUGCGUUGGCUGCGAUAAAUGCAGGCUUUGGGGCAAGCUCCAGACUGCAGGUUAUGGUACAGCUUUGAAGAUCUUGUUCGAGUUUAACAACGACCAGCCUGCCCCAGCUCUUAAGAGAAUCGAGUUAGUCGCCUUCUUCAACACUUUGGACAAGGUUAGCAAUGCCAUCAAGGCCCUCGGUAACUUCCAACACAUGUUGGCCAAAGAGAAAGGAAUCCCCGCUCCAGAGAUUAAAGCCAAGGCAGAGGUCUAUCUCGUCUGGCAGGUCACCAAGUUUGUCCUCAAGAGCUGGAUGGAGAUUCCUCAGACAAUCUUCAUCAUCCUCAUCACGGAGCUUUCUAGAUUAUGGCAACGUUGGCUGGGUCUUGAAAUCCAACAACGCGCAUGGGAGUUCCGCUUGCCCACGAUUGAUGAGCUAUAG